ACAAAUUGAAAAAAUAGAAACAUUCGUAAUGUGUGUAUGGUUGAUGUAGGUGUACCGUGAUAAAUUAAAAUUAGAUUCAAGUGAAGCGAUAAUACAUAGAAAUUAUAAUAAAAACAUAGAUGUCUAAACAUAGAAAUAUGGAAGACCAAACAGAUCUAUGUUCAAGAUAUAUAAAAAUAUUUAUAGUUGUUGCAUGCUAUUGGAUUGUUUCAAUAGCCACAGUAUUUGUGAAUAAAAGUUUACUCAGUGGUCAGGACGUGGCACUAGAAGCACCCUUAUUUAUAACAUGGUUUCAAUGCAUAGUUUCAUUUACAAUAUGUUUUACUCUCAGUAAAACUGGUGGCAUACCAGGUGUUUUUAAAUUUCCCAAAGGAACACCAUGGAACCUUGAAAUAAUGUGGAAGGUUAUACCAUUAUCAAUAAUGUUCACACUGAUGAUAGCAACCAACAAUCUAUGUUUAAAAUAUGUUGGUGUUUCUUUCUACUAUAUUGGAAGAUCUUUGACUACAGUAUUUAAUGUUAUAUUCAGCUGGGUGUUGUUAAGACAAAAAACAUCUUUAAGGUGUAUAAUGUGUUGUACAUUUAUUGUCUUUGGAUUUUAUAUUGGAGUUGAUCAGGAGGAGCUAUUAGGAUCAUUCUCAUUAAUCGGGACAAUUUAUGGAGUGGUGGGCUCCUUAAUGCUUUCCCUCUAUUCCAUAUUUACAAAGUCAGUGUUACCAAGUGUUAAUCAAGAAAUAUGGCUGCUGUCAUAUUAUAAUAAUGCCUACUCUAUUAUAUUGUUCUGCCCCUUAAUGGUCUUAAAUGGGGAGUUAAGUGUGCUUUGGAAUUAUCCUAAUUACCAUAGUUCCUAUUUUUGGAUGCAAAUGGUCAUUGGUGGCUUUUGUGGAUUUGCAAUAGGAUAUUUCACAUCUCUACAAAUUAAGGUAACAUCACCAUUAACACAUAACAUCUCAGGCACAGCAAAGGCUUGUGCUCAAACAGUUAUGGCAACUCAAUGGUACAAUGAGACAAAGAAUUCUCUCUGGUGGGCGUCAAAUUUAAUUGUAUUGGCCAGUACUGCAUUAUAUGCAAGGUUUAAACAAGUUGAAAUGGAAGAAAACUCCAGAAAAAUUAUUCCCGAAGAAAAAAGAAGUUUAGUGUAAACAAGACUGUUUAGAAUGUUGUGUAUUUUGGAUAUGUAGCACAAAUUUAGUAUUGUAUAUGUGUAAAUGUAGUUAGAAACAUAUCAGGAGAUAGUAUUAAUGUUAUUGCAACAUUGCAUUAUUAAUUGACAGAUUUAAGUGAUAAGGAAUUUUUAUGAAAUACUGUUAUUGGAAUGCUUCAAACAUGUCCAGUACAUAGAGUGAAAAAUAUUACCUAUAUUUCCACUCGACAUGCUUUCUUAUUGUCCACAUUUUAUUACAAUUACUGUAAUCUGUAUGUAUUUUUACACCAAAGAGUAUACAAUGUAGAAUACAAGGAAGUUACUCUCAUGAGCUUAUACAUAUAUAGCCAGUUUCUGAAUGUAAAGAAUGUCUGCAACCAUACUUAAAUGCUGCUUAAACAUUUUCUUGUAUUUGUAUGUGACAUAGGCUUUCUCAAACCUUAAUCAAAUCAAUUCUCAAUUGAAAGACCGGCCGGGCGUAGCUAUAGUAUCCUAAUUUGAAACACAAUCUAAAGCUUCUACGUCAGAAAUAUGCAAAAUUUUUUGAGGGCUUCCUGAAUGUUCUUUAAAUACAUCCAGAAUAAAUGUGAUAAUUUCUAAUAAAACUUCUGCUAUCGUAAUUGACGUACAAGAAUCAACUAGACUCACAAUUACACUCAAAAAGUGUCCGAAGCGCACUCUGCCUCCUAUUGGGCAGAGUUUUCAAAUUAGCGAGUAGACAGUACAGACCUGUCAGACAGUAACAGUAGACUCCAAACAUAUCGUAAAGAAUCAGUUGCAGAGAUGAGUGUGUAGACACAGCAUCAGCUUCUUUUUUCCGUAUAUAAUUGGGCAUAACGGAUGCGACAUUCCGAGUUUUGAAAUAAUAUUAAUUUUUGGGUGAAGACUUUAAUAUAGUUAAACUAGUGCAUUAUACUAAAAAAUUAUUUACUUCCUGCCAUUGCCCAUUAGCUAUGUAAAUUAUUGACUAUAAUAUACUACGAUAUUUAAAUUUUAUUGUAAAUAUUUAAGAUAUUAUACCUACUUACAUACAAUAAUGAGUAUUUUUAGUAUAAGUCAAGCAUUUAAAAAUGUUACUUGAAUUUAUUCCUAUAUUUAUGUAAGUUUACCUAUUGUUUUGUACCCUAAGCAAUUUCGAUAGCUUAGAUUUUAUAUCUUUAUAUUUAUGUUUCAUGUGAAUGUUAUUAGAUUCCUCAGGAUCCAGGACAUGAUCAUACAGUUCUAUACCCAGUGUUGUAUUCCAAUCUUUUGUAAAUAAAAUACUAUUAAACGCUAUCCAUUCUGUGUA